CGUAUCCAAUCCAAUGACGUAUUGUGAUGCCCGAAUUUUUUAACUUUGUAAUUUUAUUACCUGUUUACCCACCAUCCUUUUGCUUUUCCUUCACUUCCACCAUCCAACAGAACUGUUUAACCCUCCUCCUGCUCCUGCUGGUACCUAUCUUUUUCAACCUAAAUAAGAAGUCCCAGGUAUCGUAUCAUCCAUCGAUCUCUGAGACUCCAGAAAGAUUCGAAAAGAAUAAAAUUAGAAAAAUGGGUGGAGGUGGAGGUGCGGAUAAACCAAGCAGAGGAUUGGUGUUAUUCGGUGGCGGAAUGGCUAGAUUCGUGAAUCAAUCUCAUAUCCAUUUACACUCUUUGGCUGCCAAAUCUUUAUGUGGCUUCUUAUCCCUCCCUCACUUCCCAGAAAAUGUGGAUGAUGCAACAGUUGGAGAGUUCCUUAAUUUGAUUGAUGCAUAUGAAGAUUAUACCACUUUGAGUGGAGACUCUCAAGGCAAGUGCAUUACACCAUCUAUAUCAGAGAGGUUUAUGGGAGUUAGAGCAGCUCUAAUAACUGAAAAUACAAGGCUAAAAUCAUGUGGAAGCCAACUUGGGUUUUCUGUGUUGCAGCCAAACGAGUUAAUUAACAACAAUUGUUCACUUGUUGACUCUCCGGUCAACCUUGCUGCAAUUGAGUUGUUGAAUCUGCUUGGAUUUCAAGAUGAGAAGGUUCUAGAUACAAGUCAAUUUGAUCUAGUUUUUAUGCAUGUUGGAUCUCAUCAAGAAACCAUCAGUAAAGGCACGGAAUAUGUUAAUGCAUUGGUUGGUGAGAUAAUAUCUAUAGCAGAACCUAAAUCUCAGAUAGGUUCUCGACUUCAUUUAUCUGUUGUGUUAACUUACGGGGAUAUCUCAAAAGACGAUGCAUCCAAUUUUUUAAUUUCAAAUAAAAGUAAAAUCAUACAGUCGGGAUUUGCUUCACUGUACCCUCGUCAAAGCUACACCAUGAAAGGUAGCAAUCUAAGGAAUAAUGUGAGAGAUUAUUGCCCGAUGUUACUCGCUCAAUGGCAAGAUGCUGUUACUCGGAAGGAUAUGGUUGAAACCUUUUCUUUUCAAGAUUUUAUGGAGAAUGGAGGAAACCUGACAAUACCGGCCGAUAGAUUCCUUCAUGAAGUUUCGUUUAAGCUUUGGAAGGCCCCCAAGUAUGGAGCCUGAGCUACUACAUUUUUGUUGUGAUAAACUAACAGUGUGCCUUAGCCUUAUGGUUGUUUUUAUUGUUCUUAUCGUACAUGACACUGUUUGUAUAACUAGAUUUUUGCUUGGUAAAACACUGGUCGCUUUGCGAGUUUCUCACUGUGUUUGAUCAGUUGUUUCUUCAAAUGAUGCAUAAUUAAUUGCAACAGAACUUGUCAAAAA